AUGCCAGCAGCAACUGUAGAUCAUAGCCAAAGAAUUUGUGAAGUUUGGGCUUGUAACCUGGAUGAAGAGAUGAAGAAAAUUCGUCAAGUUAUCCGAAAAUACAAUUACGUUGCUGUGGACACCGAGUUUCCAGGUGUGGUUGCGAGACCCAUUGGAAAAUUCAGGAGCAAUGCUGACUAUCAGUACCAACUAUUGCCAUGUAAUGUAGACUUGUUAAAGAUAAUUCAGCUAGGAAUGACAUUUAUGAAUGAACAAGGAGAAUACCCUCCAGGAACUUCAACCUGGCAGUUUAAUUUUAAAUUUAAUUUGACGGAGGACAUGUAUGCCCAGGAUUCUAUAGAGCUACUGACAACGUCUGGUAUCCAAUUUAAAAAACAUGAGGAGGAAGGAAUUGAGACCCAGUACUUUGCAGAACUUCUUAUGACUUCAGGGGUGGUCCUCUGUGAAGGGGUUAAAUGGUUGUCAUUUCACAGUGGUUAUGACUUUGGCUAUUUAAUCAAAAUCCUGACCAAUUCUAAUUUGCCCGAAGAAGAACUUGACUUCUUUGAGAUCCUUCGAUUGUUUUUUCCUGUCAUUUAUGAUGUGAAGUACCUCAUGAAGAGCUGCAAAAAUCUUAAAGGUGGAUUGCAGGAAGUUGCUGAACAGUUAGAGCUGGAGCGGAUAGGACCACAACAUCAGGCAGGAUCUGAUUCAUUGCUUACAGGAAUGGCCUUUUUCAAAAUGAGAGAAGUAUGAAGACCUCAGUGCCUUUUUCUCA